AUGGCUUUAUCUUCUUCCAUGAACUCAAUGGAAUAUGAGGAGAUUGAUUACAUCUUCAACUCUAGUUGCAUUGAAGAACUUCAUGUAUGUAGCUUGGAAACAGGUUUUUCCUUGGAAAAAGAAGAUCAUCAUGGGUUAAUCUCCCCGAACAUCAUCCAAGAUGUUGCAAUUGACGAUGAUGAGUACACGGAAAGAUUGCUCCAGCUAGAGGCGGGGCUGGUGGAUUUUGAUUCCAUCUGUCGAGCUACAGAAAUGGAUCUUGAGAGUUCUGUGGAAAUUGGAUCGGGUCAUGAUCACAAAAAUCAAGAAAACCAGGAAAACGUGAGUAUAUCUACUGAAGGAGGUUUUGCUUUAAAGGGAAUUCAAGAAGAACUGAUGCAGGAAAGCAGCUUGACAGAUCUACUAUUGAUGGGAGCUGAAGCUGUUGAAGCACAAAACUGGGCUCUUGUUUCAACAGCAGUUGAGAAGCUUAACGAUCUCUUAAUUGAUAUAGAGAAUAUUGGAGAUGAGUCGUUUAAGAGGUUGGCUCUUUUCUUCACUCAAGGCCUGCAUUCCAAGAGCAUCAAUGCUCUCAAAAUGCAGCACGACCCUGUAGCACUCACACCUACUAACCGCACUAUUUAUACCUUUCAGAUGCUUCAGGAACUCUCUCCCUACGUGAAAUUUGCGCAUUUCACAGCGAACCAAGCGAUCCUUGAGGCCACACAAGGAGAUCAUGAGAUUCAUGUCAUUGAUUUUGACAUGAUGGAGGGAAUCCAAUGGCCACCUCUGAUGGUUGAGCUUUCAAUGAGGAAGGAUACUUUCCUCAGACUAACAGCCAUCAUAGCGCCAGACGAGGAAAAUACCGUAUAUUAUGUUCAACAGACAGGAAAAAGACUGAAAGAUUUCGCAGAUUCAAUCAAUUUUCCCUUCAUGUUUGAUCAUAUGGUGAUGGCCAGAGAAGAAGAUUUUGAAAGUAUCAAAGUUGGCAAUACUUUCAUAGCCAACUGCAUGAUUCACCAGCUUCACAUGCCUUACAGGAGUUUUUCAUUGGUCAAAACUUUCCUGGGUGGUGUUUUCAAAUUAUCUCCAAAGAUUUUCAUUUUAGUACAAGAAGAGUUGUUCAAUUUUGCUAGAAUCCAGUCCAUGUCAUUUGUAGAGUUCUUCUGUGAGGCACUCCACCAUUACACUGCGCUGACUGACUCACUGGUCAACAGCUUUUGUGGUGUGUACAAAAUGGGGUUUAGGCUAAUAGAGAAGGAGUUUUUAGAGAGUAGAAUUUUAGAUAGUUUAAGUCAGUUUCCUAAUGAGAAGGAGAAAAGAAUGUUGUGGGGAGAGGGAGAUGCUAAUUCCUUCUUCAAGGGAUUUAGGAGAAUCCCACUGAGUUCUGGUAAUAUUUGUCAAGCAAAGUCAUUGGCAAGCCUGUUUAGUGGGGGGUAUUGGGUGCAGCAUGAGAAGAGCAGGCUGGCCUUGUGUUGGAAGUCAAGGCCUUUGACAACAGCAUCCAUCUGGGUGCCAAAGCCAAAAACCAAAGACAAGCUGAUGAUCAAGGUGUUCACAUCCAGUUGA